AUGGAUUUCGAAAAAGAGAUCGCACAUUAUUUGCAAACGGUUAACCAUUCAAAAUGGAACGUCGAGGACAUUCUGAGAUAUCUGUCAGAGAAUAUCGAAUUCUCCAGCGAAAGCGCAACGGAAAUAGAAGAUCAUAUAACGCAAAAGUUACGAAUGAUUGCUGACGACCCAAACGCUCUUCAAGCCGCCCGCAGGAAAGCGUUUAAACUUUUUACAUCUAUCAAGACAAUAUUUGAAAGGCGACCUGAGAUCAAGCAGAUCUUUGAAUCGCAAGACCUUAAAUAUUCUGAGAAUUAUUCACAGAAUGUGGAAACUACAGUUCAAGAAGACCACGGGCCACUUUGCCAUGAAAGUGCACAGAAAUCACGGGAGACAACACCACCCCCAAUUCCGUUGGCCACAGAAGUGCUACUAACAACUCCUCACAAAAGGCCACUUGAGAAUGAGAACGUCCAACGAUUCACAGACAAGCUGCCUUUAAUUUGUGCUUUUGGCAUGACCAUCCAGCAGCUCGAGGAGACAGUGGGAAGGCAGCUGGCUUCUUGA